AUGCGAACGUCGAAAACAGACAAGGUCGUCACCACGGCCACCGAUGGCGACGGCCCAGCAGGCAAUCUGGACGGGGACGUGAGAAGGCUGGCAGAGAUGGGCUACACACAGGACAUGCAGCGGAAUUUCUCCGUGAUAUCGUUACUGGGUGUGGCCUUCUCGCUGGCUAACUCGUGGUUCGGUAUCUCCGCCUCGCUGAUCACCGGUAUCAAGUCCGGUGGAACAGUACUGACCAUCUACGGAAUUCCCUGGAUCGCCUUCGUCUCGACCUGCGUCGGCGUCACGCUGUCCGAGCUGGCCUCGGCCAUGCCCAACGCCGGCGGACAAUACUUCUGGGCCAGCGAGCUCUCCCCCAAAAGAUACGCCGCAUUCGCCUCGUACCUCACAGGAUGGCUCGCCUGGGCCGGCGCCAUCUUCACCUGCGCCAGUGUAGCCCUAAGCCUAGGCUCCGCCGGCGUCGGCAUGUGGCAGCUAUCCCAUCCAGACUUCGUCCCCAAGCCCUGGCACUCCGUAGUCGCCUACGAAGUAAUCAACCUCUUCGCCUUCCUCUUCAACUGCAUCGGCAAAGCCCUCCCCACAGUCGCCACCGCAACCCUCUACAUCUCACUCAUCUCCUUCGCCGUGAUCCUCAUCACCGUCCCCGCCACAGCACCCUCCCACGCCAACGCCAGAUUCGUCUUCGCCAACUUCGUCAACUCAACCGGCUGGCCCUCCGACGGCCUCGCCUUCCUCGUCGGCCUCAUCAACCCAAACUGGGUCUUCGCCUGCCUCGACUCAGCCACCCACCUCGCCGAAGAAGUCUCCCGCCCCGAACGCUCCAUCCCAAUCGCCAUCCUCGCCACCGUCGCCAUCGGCUUCACCACCUCCUGGUUCUACUGCAUAGCCAUGUUCUUCAGCGUCACCAACCUAGACCCAAUCCUCUCCACCCCCACCGGCGUCCCCAUCCUCGCCCUCUUCCAACAAGCCCUGCAGAACAAAGCAGGCGCCAUAGCCCUCGAAUCCCUCAUCCUAGUCACAGGAAUCGGGUGCCUAAUCGCCUGCCACACAUGGCAAUCCCGUCUCUGCUGGUCCUUUGCCCGAGACCGCGGCCUUCCUUUCUCUCCCUUCUUGGCGAAGAUUCACCCAACCCUCGACGUGCCCUUUAACGCGCACAGCGUCAGCUGCUUCAUCGUCGGGUUACUGGGUCUGUUGUAUCUGGGUUCUUCGACGGCUUUCAAUAGCAUGGUCUCGGCGUGUAUUGUCUUGCUUUAUUCGAGUUAUGUUGUUCCUGUUAUUGCUUUGUUGUAUAAGGGGAGGGAGAAUAUUUCCCAUGGACCGUUUUGGUUGGGGAGGGUCGGUUGGGUUUGUAAUUGGGUUGUUCUGGGUUGGACGGUGUUUUGUUUGGUGGUUUAUUCGUUUCCGAGUGUUUAUCCGGUUACGACUGGGAAUAUGAACUACGUUUGUGUGGUGUAUGCCGUUGUCGGGUGUAUUAUUGCGGUAGAUUGGGUGGUGAGGGGGAAAAGGAGGUUUCGGGGACAGCAUACCAGACACCAGGUGGAGGAACAUGUUGGGCAUUAUGCUGAUUAA